UGAGCCGAAGUCAGACAGUCAACUGACUGAGCCACCCAGGCGCCCCUGCAUCAUGCUUAUUUCAAAGGCAAAGCUGCACCAGGAAUGACUAAGCCUUAGUCUGCAUUCAUCUGCAUUAUAGCCACACAACUGGACACCUAGUAUCCCCUUAUGUCCAAUUCCAAUCAAAUGGGAGAAUGAACAAAGCUAACUUACUUAGAUGGUGUUCCCUGGAGCAGAGAAAUAUCUGGUCCAUGCCUCAUGAGGCAGCAUGCAGCCUUUGGCCUCUUCCCUCAAACAAACUAACAGAGGGGCAUACAAUGCCGGUAAUUCACAAUAGCAGAAUACAGUAGGAUCCGGGAUGGUAGAAUCCGGGAUGGGAGUGGGAGUGGAGUAUUAGAAAAUAGAUCCACGUACUGAGAAAUCUAAAUUACGUCAGGAAAGGAGAACUUAAGGGAUGAUGCCUCCAGGCAGCCUGCCUAGGCUCAGGGGCCCGGUUAUGAAGGCAUUCACAAAGAGGAUGGUGUGUGGCUGGCUUAAAGGGCAAGCUUAGGCUAAAAUACUUAGAAUUGUUUCAGGCAGUUUUGUACUAAGAGCUACCUCAUCCAUCCUGACAUUUUGGGAAAUACAGACGAGAUACAGCAGGGCUCUUAGCCGGAAAAAUAGUAAGAUGUAAAGCCAAGUAAACUGAAGCUUAAAAGGUUCCACAAAUACACACAGAAGAACCUUGACAGCUAAGCUACUUGAGGGGAAGCUUUGCGAAACAACUCAAGGUAAAAACAGCCAGCUGGGAGGCCAAGGCAGUCCAGUCACCUGGUGGAGGGUAGCAGGAUUUGAAGGUGGUCCAGCCUGGCCUGCAAAACUCACAGGAAAGGGGGCAUUACCCAUGGCUUCACCUUCCCCCUCUGCACACAGAACUGUCACCCUUAGCUCUCUAGACAACAGGCUGCUUCCUACUAAGUCAAACAGAAGACUCCUAUUGAUACACUAGAAAAUGAAAACAUACAAUUUAUAAUUAGGGUCUCUCCCAGUGAGCGGAGACUGCAGGCCUAGACAGGUGGUCUGGCCGUCCACCCUCCAAUGAAAGUGCCUUGCGAAGAGCCAAGAGAGCUCUCUGCUAAGCACCACUGUCAGCUAAAAGGGAAAGAAAUCCCUUUUAAGGAAGCUAUUUAACUUCAAUAGCCUGCUUUUCUGCCAGGAUUUUCAAUUCCUCUGAACAUAAGCCGAACCACAGACUGCUACACGUAUGUCUGGAUCUUGGCUUCCCCCCCGCCCCGUUCUCAGAGCUUCAGCACCAGUUGUUAGCCAAAAAUAAACACCAUUCCUCAACCAUAUAUGUCCACCAGCCCAGAGCGGGGGAGGAGGAGCAGGAGGUAGGGCAGGUCCCCGGGCUCCGGCCACACACUGUGGCUGCUGCACGCCAUGCAUCUCACCCAGCUCAACCGGGAGUGCCUGCUGCACCUCUUCUCCUUCCUGGACAAGGACAGCAGGAAGAACCUUGCCAGGACCUGCCCCCAGCUCCAGGACGUGUUUGAGGACCCCACACUCUGGCCCCUGCUGCACUUUCACUCCCUCGUAGAACUCAAGAAGGACAACUUCCUGCUGAGCCCAGCCCUCAGGAGCCUCUCCAUCUGCUGGUACUCUAGUCGCGUGCAGGUGUGCAGUAUUGAGGACUGGCUCAAGAGCGCCUUCCAGAGGACCAUCUGCAGCCGGCAUGAGAGUCUGGUCAAUGAUUUCCUCUUCCAGGUGUGCGACAGGUGCCCCAACCUCGAGUCCGUCACGCUUUCAGGAUGCGGCCAUGUCACCGACGACUGCCUCGUGCGCCUACUGCGCUGCUGCCAGCACUUGCGUGCGCUGCGCCUGGAGAACUGCGCGCGCGUCACCAACCGCACGCUUGCUGCUGUGGCGACGCACGGGCGCGCGCUGCAGACCCUGCACGUGGACUUUUGCCGCAACGUGAGCGCGGCCGGCCUGCGCCGCCUGAGCGCCGCGUGCCCGCGCCUGGCGCUGCGAGCCGAGCACAGCGCGACGAUGAUCCCCGACCAGCUCCCCAGGGCGCCCGGCACUGCCCUUCGUAAGCUACUGCCGCGCUAG